CGCGUUCCUGCCCGCCCUCUUCUUGCCACGCAGACAGAUCGCUUCCGCCGGGGAGCUGGACCAGGUCCUGCCAGAGCUUCUCAGCCUUAUCUGAAUUUGCCUGAAGCUCCAUGGCUGGUAAAACCGGACCAGAACAUCUCUUCAAUGCAGCCACUGAGGUGGAGACGACAGGAGCGGUGUUGGGCACCAAGAUCAACAUCCCAGCACUCUUGCCCCAAGGCCCAGCUAAGGAAUGGCUAGAUCAGCGUCGGGCUACCAUUCGUCCCUGGGCGAACUUCCUGGACCAGAGGCGUUUUGGAAAACCUCGGAAUUUUGGGGAGCUGUGUAAGCGGCUUGUACGCAACGUGGAAUAUUUCCAGAGCAAUUACGUCUUUGUCUUCCUAGGACUUAUUGUGUAUUGCCUCAUCACAUCUCCAUUACUUCUGAUCGCACUGGCUGUGUUCUUUGGAGCCUGUUACAUCAUGUACUUGAAGACCCAGCAGUCACAGCUUGUUUUGUUUGGGCGAGAACUCAGCACAGCUCAUCAGUACAGUCUGGCUGGAGCUGUCUCUUUUCCUUUCUUCUGGCUGGCAGGGGCUGGCUCAGCUGUCUUUUGGGUGCUGGGUGCCACGUUGGUAGUCAUUGGUUCACACGCUGCCUUCCAUGAACUGGAAUCUGUAGAGACCGAUGAGCUUCAGAUGGAGCCCGUGUGAAUGGCCAGAGAACUUCCUGCACCUCUAUCUCUUCUCCCUCACCUCGCUGCUGUUACAUUACCCAUGUAUAUAAUGCUGCUAUGUCACUCACUGUCAACACGCCAUCUUAAAUUGCCAUUUCCUCCAAAUCUUUAAAGCUCUCAGUGGCUACCCUAUUGAGAUUGCCCUUUAGUCUUAUUCUUCAGGCAUCUCCCCAUCUCUAAACUUCUUGUUCCCAGUGACCGUGGGCUUUUUCACUGAAUAUAUAAUAGAAUGCUGCUGUUAUCAUAUUUCCUCUGUGGGUUUUUAGAUCCCAUCGUUGCUUUCCCAGGAGCCAAGCACUAGAGGUUCCAUGCAGACAUCCUGAACCCAGCCUCCUUUGUCUCUUAUCAGUAACAUUAAAGAAACAGUAACAUUAA